UUGGCUCUCUGAGCAGCACCAUGGCGGUUGGCAAGAACAAGCGCCUUACAAAAGGUGGCAAAAAAGGAGCCAAGAAGAAAGUGGUUGAUCCAUUUUCUAAGAAAGAUUGGUAUGAUGUGAAAGCACCAGCAAUGUUUAAUAUAAGAAAUAUUGGGAAAACACUAGUUACAAGGACUCAAGGAACCAAAAUUGCAUCUGAUGGCCUUAAGGGUCGUGUUUUUGAAGUGAGCCUUGCUGAUCUGCAGAAUGAUGAAGUUGCAUUUAGAAAAUUCAAGCUAAUUACUGAGGAUGUGCAGGGCAAAAACUGCCUAACCAACUUCCAUGGCAUGGAUCUUACCCGUGACAAAAUGUGUUCCAUGGUUAAAAAAUGGCAGACCAUGAUUGAAGCUCAUGUCGAUGUCAAAACUACCGAUGGUUAUUUGCUUCGUCUUUUCUGUGUUGGUUUUACCAAAAAACGCAACAAUCAGAUUCGGAAGACCUCUUACGCUCAGCACCAACAGGUCCGCCAAAUCCGGAAAAAGAUGAUGGAAAUCAUGACCCGAGAGGUGCAGACAAAUGACUUGAAAGAAGUGGUCAAUAAAUUGAUUCCAGACAGCAUUGGUAAAGACAUAGAAAAGGCUUGCCAAUCUAUCUAUCCUCUCCAUGAUGUGUUUGUUAGAAAAGUAAAAAUGCUGAAGAAGCCCAAGUUUGAAUUGGGAAAACUCAUGGAGCUUCACGGUGAAGGUAGUAGUUCUGGAAAAGCAACUGGAGAUGAGACAGGUGCUAAAGUGGAACGAGCUGAUGGUUAUGAGCCACCAGUCCAAGAAUCUGUUUAAAAUUCAGACAGAAUAAAGCCUUAUUUGUGAAAAAAAAAAAAAAAAAA